AUCUCUUCCAUUUUCUGUUGCUUUCUUCACUCUCCAAAUUCACACUCUCCGCUAGAUACACACAGUUAGAUGUCCAAUGACGUGGAAAAUGGGCAAAAAAGUUCAGUCCUCCCUUCUGCUGUCAUCGAACCUGAAUCAACAUCAAAAUGGCAUAGUGCUUUUCUUCAGCAAGUUUCCGUAUACGGUAUAGCUGCCGGCUACUGCUUAUCAGCCUCACUACUCUCCAUCAUCAAUAAAUGGGCUGUCAUGAAAUUCCCUUACCCCGGAGCCUUGACUGCUUUACAAUAUUUCACGAGUGCAGCUGGAGUCCUCCUUUUCGGAUCCCUCAAGCUUCUAGAACAUGACCGUUUAGAUCUGAUGACAAUGUGGCGUUUCCUUCCGGCAGCAAUUAUAUUCUAUCUCUCCCUCUUCACAAAUAGCGAGCUCCUCCUCCAUGCAAACGUCGACACCUUUAUCGUCUUCCGAUCAGCCGUCCCAAUUUUCGUUGCCAUAGGAGAAACACUCUACCUCCACCAACCGUGGCCUUCACUGAAGACGUGGCUUUCACUUGCAACGAUAUUUGGUGGUAGCGUGCUCUAUGUCAUUACCGAUUACCAGUUUACGUUCAUGGCAUAUAGUUGGGCCGUGGCCUACUUAAUAAGCAUGUCGAUAGAUUUCGUUUACAUAAAGCAUGUGGUAAUGACGAUCGAGUUGAACACUUGGGGUCUCGUGCUGUACAAUAAUCUUGAAGCUCUACUACUUUUUCCGUUAGAGCUAUUGAUAAUGGGAGAGCUGAAGAAGAUCAAACACGAAAUGCAAGAUGAGUCGGAUUGGUAUUCCUUUGGGGUAAUUUUGCCCGUGGGGUUAUCUUGCUUGUUCGGUUUAGCGAUUUCUUUCUUUGGAUUCUCUUGUCGUAGGGCUAUAUCUGCUACUGGUUUCACCGUGCUCGGCAUAGUGAACAAGCUGUUAACGGUGGUAAUCAAUUUGAUGAUUUGGGAUAAACACUCGACGUUUAUUGGGACAAUCGGGCUUUUGAUUUGUAUGUUUGGUGGGGUCAUGUACCAGCAAUCCACUAGCAAGAAGCCAAAGCCUGCCAACAUCAAAGAAGUAGAGGCAAAAGAAAACCAAGAUGAGGAGCAACAAAAACUGCUUGAACUGCAAAAUUUCACCGAAAGCAGCGAAAAUGACAAGCAAGUUACAAGCUCAGAGGAGCAAAAUAAGGGUAUGUUUUAAAAAGUAUUGUUUUAUACAUUCAUUGCAUCGGUGUAUACUGGAUAGUUGUUUCUUCAGUUAAAAUGUCAUAGAAGGUAGAAGAUCCAUUCUUUAUCCAAUCCAUGAAUGCCACGUGUCUUUUGGAAGAUAACAUAUUGCUUAUGCCUAUAAAGAUUUAGCAAAUGCCAAGCAUAUAUGAAUGUUGUAUCAUUUGAAUAGGGGCAGUGCUGUUUUUCUUGUAUUAUUCAACACUAUUUCUGGGAUUCAAAUAAUGGUACAGUAAUGGGCUUUAUAUGCAUAUUCUUACAUGCUUCCAUA